UGAGUAGAAAGAAGCAAACUAGCCUCGCUUUCCCCGUCCAUCUCUCCUCUGUAGACGAUGAACCCAUAAUAUGAUGCAAAAUAUGUGAUUUUUACUUGCUCCCUCCGUCCAUCUCUCGCUCACUCCGCAACCCAACACAACAAAACCCCAGCCACCAUUCUUCAUUUCUCUCUCAUUAUACGCCCCGCCGGCGACCACCCACUUCUUGCCGCCGGUCACUCUUCCCAACAUUUAUCCUUUCUUCCUUACUCCCACAACUCUAGAUUUCUCCUCCAAUCAUGGGCUGUCAAUGCGUCAAUCCCUUCUCUUCUCAACUCACGCCGGUCAAGUUUUCCGGCGCCUCUAUCUCCCCUACUUCCAGCUCACGCAUGGUGUCCUUGCGCCGAGUUGGAGCGCGGAAGCUCGUUUUCAACGCAUCCGCCGCGGAUCCAUCCGCCUCUCGCCCUACUCCGCUUAUAAAUGCGGACUCCAGUGUUGGUUUCAAAGGCUGCAAACUAGUAGGGUGUGGCUCUGCACUGCCGAGUUUAAGUAUUUCCAAUGAAGACCUUGCGAAACUUGUCGAUACUAACGAUGAAUGGAUUUCUGUCCGAACUGGAAUCCGCAAUCGAAGAGUUCUUUCAGGCAAAGACAAUAUGACUGCUCUAGCUGUGGAGGCUUCAAAGAAAGCUCUCGAGAUGGCCGAGGUUGAUCCUGGUGAUGUAGAUCUAAUUUUAUUGUGUACUUCAACACCAGAGGAUCUUUUUGGCAGCGCACCGCAGAUUCAAAAAGCAUUGGGUUGCAGAAGCAACCCACUAUCUUUCGAUAUCACUGCUGCUUGUAGUGGGUUCAUGCUGGGGUUGGUAUCUGCUGCUUGCUAUAUCAGAGGUGGCGGUUUUAAAAAUGUCCUUGUAAUUGGUGCCGAUGCACUUUCUCGAUAUGUCGAUUGGACAGACAGAGGGACCUGUAUCCUCUUUGGUGACGGUGCUGGUGCUGUACUAGUGCAGGCCUGUGACAUUGCAGAAGAUGGUUUAUUCGCUUUCGACUUGCAUAGUGAUGGUGAGGGUCAAAGGCACUUAAAUGCUUCUCUAAAAGAGAACGAAACAGAUAAAAAAGUGGGAACAAAUGGUUCACUAAUUGGUUUCCCACCAAAAAGCUCCAACUUUUCCUGCAUUCAAAUGAAUGGUAAGGAGGUCUUCAGGUUUGCUGUUCGAGUUGUGCCGCAGUCCAUUGAAGCUUCCUUACAGAAAGCCGGUCUGACUAACUCCAGCAUUGAUUGGUUACUUCUCCAUCAGGCAAACCAAAGGAUUAUUGAUGCAGUGGCAACGCGUUUGGAUAUCCCAUCCGAACACGUGAUAUCAAAUUUGUCCAACUAUGGCAAUACUAGUGCUGCUUCCAUCCCAUUGGCAUUGGACGAAGCUGUUCGCAGCGGAAAAGUUCAGGCGGGCCAUACAAUCGCUGCUGCUGGGUUCGGUGCUGGUCUUACGUGGGGCUCUGCCAUCAUGAGAUGGGGAUGAACCUACAACGUGUUGAUGGGCGGUGUAUAAUAUCGAGAGGUGGUUGAUAAUUUUGUGCCUUUUAGAUUAGCCUGCCUUGUCACUGUGAAGCUUCAACAUGAAUUUUUCAUCGCAAUUUCAUUCUGCAUUAAAUUUGACCGGUUUCAAUAAAAUCUCAUGCAUUCCCCUCACUUGUGUUGUCAUUGCAUUAUUGAACACUUGAACCCCUUUGAGUAGAAUAGAAGAAGAUAUCAAUUAUGUAAUUUUUGGCUUUGAACUCACAUUCUUUAAUUUGUGUAAGAAUAUUUUCAGGAUCAUAUACUAGAAUCACUCAAAUUUAUUAUUACUCA